AUGCCAGACAGGGCAGGGCUGUACCACUGUUCCUAUCAGAGAGGAGGCCGCUGGUCUGAGCACAGUGACCCCCUGCAGCUGAUGAUGACUGGAGCUUAUGACAAACCCUCCCUCUCAAGCAUUCCUGGCACUGACGGGGCUUCAAGAGACAAAGUGAGGUUGCAGUGUUUUUCAAAAGUGCCAUUUAACACAUAUAUUCUCACCAAAGAAGAUGGAUCUCACAUCAUCAAGAACCAAAGCUCAACACCCCAGGACAAAGUCCAUCGAGCUGUCUUCCUCGUGGACCACGUCUCCUCCACACAAGCAGGGACCUAUAGAUGCUUUGGUGUCAUGAGUAAUAACCCCUAUGUGUGGUCUCACCCCAGUGACCCACUGGAACUUGAGGUCAAUGAAGUUCCUGGCCAUCCCAUGGAGUCCAGUCCCUCAAUUGCCCCACCUGACAACCAAAGCCUCCAGAAGGACAUUCUGAUUGGCAUCCCAGUGGCUACUGUUCUCAUUCUCACCCUUGUCCUCCUCUUCUUCAUCUUCCACCAUUGCAAAGCCAAAAACAGUGUUGAUAGGAAAGAGAGACAGCCAGAGGCGGGACCAAUGGAUGGACAGGCCUAUGAAGCUUUAGUACCAAAGGAGGUGACCUAUUCGGAGCUGACCUGCAGUGCCCUUACCCAGGGGACAGCUAUGACACCCUCCUCAUUGCCCAGCCAUACCCAGACCAGCGAGUAUGCAACUCUUGCCCUAAGAUAA